UUUUCGACUUGUAUAGAAUAAAUUAUGGUUUACUCCUGAAUGUAAUGGUAGCAGUCUUGAUGGGCAAAUAGAGGCCAGUUCCAGAGUGUUCCAAGUUGCUGUUGCAAUUGGCCGCAACAUGCUUUCUCUCUCUGUUUAUAUUGUUGUUGGAGCUAGGCUAUUAAGCUGUACAUCAAUUCAAAUAGCUUGCUCUUUUCAAUUACUUUUCAAGUUUCAAAUAGCUUUGUUGGAGCUAUGCUUUGUAAAUGUCAUCAGAGAACUAUGCAAAAUUUCUGUGAUGCUUUUAAACCAGAACGAACAAUCUCUUGAAUUGUCAUCAAGCCUGGCUGGAGAAUCAUGUUCUACCAGGGAUUAUUCACAUACAUCCAGGUACUUUUAAUCUUUAUUAGAUGAGUUCUUGUUGACAUUUCUUCUAUAUGUGGGGUUAAGUUACUGGUUUGGAAUAUUUAGUGCUUGACCAUUAAAAGAUCAAGCACAAGUUCAAUCUAGCUGUAGUAGUAGUUCAUCAUCUGCAAGUUCUUUUCUUAAUUAGCCACUUCCACCUGUUCCUUAACUAGAAUUUAGUGGUUCUUUUUCCUAUUUGGCUAAAACUUCAGGAUAUCGAAAUAGUACUUAUAGCUGGUGUCUUGAUAACAGUACCAAUCUGCAAGGUCUAGAUUUUUUUUUUGUAUUAAUGACUUAAGAUGUGUCUGAGUACUGAAAAUUCUGGCUUCAGAUCAGAUGCACCUAUUAUAUUGUAUGCAUAUAACUGCUAUUUGUUUCCUUUUUGCUUUUUCUUGGGUUAUCCUGUAUCCAGAUUAUGCUCGUUGUAAGGAUCUGCUAGUCAGAUUCUCCAUGAAGCCAUGGUAUUGCAAACUUAGGCUGAUAAAACCUGAAAGACGAUCCACCUGCUGAAUAUUGAUCACUCUUUAAAAUGGAAGAGGAUAUCUUAUAUCUGUUAUGUCAUCAACCACAGCAGAUCUCACCCAUCAGAAGGAACCAUCUUUUUUCUAUCUGAAAGUGCCUCCCAGUUACGCUGUUUCCAGUGUGAUCUAUCUAUAAAUUCUCGGAUGUACAUGGACAACACUCCCAAGCUACCGGAUGUGUACAGGUACUUGGAAGUUAGGUCUGCCACUACCGCAUAAAUGAGAGAGUGGGGGCCUCUGAAUGCGAGCUGGAACCAGUUCCCUCCCACUGGAUUCUGUCGCUCUACAAAGUGGCAGAUUGAAGCAAAGUCCAAAGCAAGGCAUGACAGGGAGAUGAGAAAGCAGAGAGGGGCCGAGGGGAGCAACUGAGGUGUCAAAUCACGGAUCAGCUGCAACCACAGUGGCUACUGUUUUGGCUACCCCGUCUCUGCCAUGGAGGAAGAGAUGAUGCAACGGCGAUGGCAGACGAGACGCCCCUGGCAACAUCUCUUUAUCUCGCCAUGUUCGCCCAUUAUGAACCUCAUUUACUGCUCGUGAAAUAAUUGGCCAUGCUUUUUCUCACCUACAAUGGUGAGAAAUAAUCUUCGAGACUGGACCGGUAGAUGGAGACCGUCGUGCGCAUGCACGUUUGCGCCCUGUUCAAGAAUGCAAUCUGAAACAUGCUGAUGGAUGGACGCAGAAGAAGAAGAAGAGCACAGUAGAUUAAAGUUAAAAGAGGCCUCUCUGCGACGUGAUGAAUAAUUGUCCGUGAGCCGGCUGAGUCUGCCACCAGUGUCUCCAGCUCAGGUCAUUCAUGGCAGCCAUAGGCAAACUGUAUCUGGGCUGAUCAGAUCCAGCUCUUAUCCCCUUGGAUUGACGACUUGGACCACAUGAACAUGAGAGUCAUGUGUGCAAUGAGUGCAGAUACUGAUGUCGCUACUGCAGGUCAAAGGGUUCCGGUUCAAUAAAGAAAUACCAAUCAUGGAGCCAUGGAACCUGCAUCGGCUGAUUGAAUUCGACGUCUUCAGAAAUGGUUUCUGCUCGAGCGAAAGGGGGGGUUCCAAGACUCAUAAUAGAGACAGGGACCAGUCCUUUUGAGACCCACUGCAAGUACUACUGUCUCACCAGCUGUUGCACUCUGGUAGUCGCAAGGUUCAGCAAGCAGUGGCUUCCUUCAGCCACCUCCUGGCUUGCUCUUCCCGAGGCUUGUCGCCUUUUUGAUAAAGACAACAGUGUGAGGAGGAGGAGAGGAGGAGGAGGUUAAGGUAACUUCGCUUUCCAAGAAAAAGGAAGCAGAUUUGUCACAGACCUCUCCCGUAGAGACAGAUCCUCCUCUCAGUUCUUGCAGUAAACCUACCUCCAAUAAACCUCUCCUAACCUCCUCAUCCCACCGAACAACCCAAGACCAGGAGCCACUAUAAAGUGCAACCACCGAAGGAGAUCGAGUGGAGGCAGCGCCAUUUCCUUCUUCCUGACUCCUUUGUGUGGCUUCAUGGAUUCCCAUCGAUGGAGUGAGCGGCAGCAGACGGACCGGCAGCCUUGUGCAGGGCUCCCAAAACUCCACCUCCUGGAUCAGCAGCAACCACCUGCCUCUGCUCUCAGUCUCUUUGCACCCGAGCCCUGCAGCGGCUUCCAUAAGACCACCACCACCAUCGCCACCCCUUCACUCUCUUCAUUCCCAAGGAUAGGUUAUUUCACUCUGGCACAGUGGCAGGAGCUGGAGUUGCAAGCUUUGAUCUACAAGUAUAUGAUAGCUGGGGUUUCUGUUCCUUUGGAACUUAUUCUGCCCAUCAAAAGGAGCCUUCUCAGUGCAUCCCCAUACUACCACCAUCCUGAGCUCUACCAGCAUCUCCAACCAUCUUUGAUGCAGGGAGUGUCCUGGGGGAGAUGUUCUGUGGACCCUGAGCCUGGGAGAUGCAGGAGAACAGAUGGAAAGAAGUGGAGAUGCUCAAGAGAAGUGGUGGUAGGUCAAAAGUACUGCGAGCGUCAUGUGCAUCGAGGCCGAAACCGUUCAAGAAAGCAUGUGGAAAUCCCCACACCGACUUCCCUCAAUGGCUUGAAAACUGGCGUUUCUUCUCCUCCUCCAGAAUGUGCCCAACACAACCAUUUCGAUCUAUCUGGAUCUCGUGACAUCCUUCCUCUUAGUCAGAGACACCCAGACACAAGAACAGUAACAGUUGGAAGGAGCUUCCAGAGCAACUGUUCAAACUUCUUCCUUAAGGAGCUGCAAGACAGCAAACCCGAAGGCUAUGUGCUACAGAGGUUCUUUGAUGAAUGGCCGAGAUCACAGCAAGAGUCGGACGACGGGCUUAACUACACCAGUCAUCCAGCUUCGACUACCCAUCUCUCUAUGUCACUCCCCGGCAACCCAUCCUCGGAUUUCUCCCUGAAACUUUCCACAGGCAAUAACGGUGAGAAGCAGAGACCCGAGGAGGGCAGCAGCAACGGCGGGGAGGACGGUCGGGUGGUCCGACCUAGCAACAACUGGUCGGGAUGGGGCCACCAUGGGGAGGAGGCUUCCAUGGGUGGCCCGCUGGCUGAAGCGCUGCGGUCUGCAGCCUCGACGCAGUCGCCGACCAGCGUCUUGCACAAGCCAAAUGGGUCGGUAUCCGAGACCAGUAGCAUUAGCCCAUGAUAAACUAGUCUUAGGUGGUAGUGUUUGUUGAACCAAUGACUAUGAAUUAUUUUAUUUGCCUUGAAAGCUAGCUGACAUCAGACUAGUCUUUGUUCGCUGUAACAUAUAUGGUAUCCCUCUUGAGAGUCGGGGUCUGCAUGCAAUUAAAAUUGAUGACCUUCUGGGUGUUCAUGUUA